CAAACCGACAAAGACUGCAGUUACACUCGCCGAAAUAGCGACACUUAUAAUCUUUUCAGCGCGUUGGUUAGAAGCAAAAACAGACUAUAAAAUAUACUUUUCCAGGAACCAAACAAGUUUUUGGGGUUUCUUUCUUCUUGUUCUUAUACUUUCCCGCUCGGACAUUUACACAAACGCCUCAUCCUCUAUACACAGAGAGAUAGAAUGAAGUACGUGCUGGUGACUGGUGGAGUUGUUAGUGGACUUGGCAAAGGAGUGACUGCAAGUAGUAUCGGUGUUGUUCUCAAAGCAUGUGGUCUUCGUGUUACCUCUAUCAAAAUAGAUCCUUACUUGAACACUGAUGCUGGUACAAUGUCCCCAUUUGAACAUGGGGAGGUUUUUGUUCUUGAUGAUGGGGGAGAGGUUGAUUUGGAUCUGGGAAACUAUGAGCGCUUCUUGGAUGUUAGACUCACUAGAGACAACAAUAUAACCACAGGAAAGAUAUAUCAGUCCGUGCUUGAGAAAGAAAGGAGGGGAGAUUAUCUCGGAAAGACUGUGCAGGUGGUUCCACACAUUACAGAUGCCAUUAAGAACUGGAUAGAGUCUGUAGCUGCUAUUCCCGUUGAUGGACAAGAGGGCCCUGCAGAUAUUUGCGUAAUAGAGCUAGGUGGAACUGUAGGUGACAUUGAAUCUAUGCCAUUCAUUGAGGCUCUACGACAGCUAUCAUUCUCUGUUGGACAAGAUAACUUCUGUCUCAUUCAUGUCAGCCUUAUACCUGUUUUGGGUGUUGUCGGUGAGCAGAAAACAAAGCCUACACAACAUAGUGUACGAGAAUUGCGGGCACUGGGGUUGACUCCUCACUUAUUAGCUUGUCGCUCAGCUCAGCCUCUGUUGGAUGCCACAAAAGUGAAACUAUCACAGUUUUGUCAUGUUGCGGUGGAUAAUAUUCUUAAUGUCCAUGAUGUCCCAAACAUCUGGCAUGUUCCUCUUUUGCUGCGGAACCAAAAUGGUCAUUUAGCCAUUCUAAAACAACUGGAUUGCCUAAGCAAUGCGAUACCACCCAACCUAGAGGAGUGGACUACAAGAGCAGAGACUUUCGACAAUCUAAAAAAUUCUGUCAGGAUAGCGCUAGUCGGGAAGUAUAUUGGCCUAACAGAUUCUUAUUUAUCUGUUGUGAAGGCCCUCUUGCAUGCCUGUAUUGCAUGUUCGUUGAAGCCAUCAAUUGACUGGAUUGCGGCUUCAGACCUCGAAGAUGCUACGGCAAAUUCUGCACCAGAGUCUCACGCUGCUGCAUGGGAGACUCUAAGAAAUGCAGCAUGUGUUUUGGUUCCUGGGGGAUUCGGGGAUCGUGGUGUGGAAGGAAUGAUAUUGGCUGCAAAUUACGCUAGAGAGAAUCACGUCCCCUAUCUUGGAAUAUGCUUGGGAAUGCAGAUCACUGUGAUCGAGUAUGCUAGAUCUGUUAUGCGUCUGGAAAGAGCCAACAGCGCAGAGUUUGACCCUGAUACACCUAAUCCUGUUAUAAUUUUUAUGCCAGAGGGCUCAAGAACACAUAUGGGAAGUACAAUGAGGCUAGGAUCACGAAGAACAUUAUUUCAGACAACUGAUUGUAUUACCUCAAAGCUAUACCAUAAUUACUCUUACGUGGAUGAGCGCCAUCGUCAUCGGUAUGAGGUCAAUCCAGAGUACACUGACAAGUUUGAGGCAGCUGACCUGAAAUUUGUGGGGAGGGAUGAAAGUGGAAAAAGAAUGGAGAUUGUAGAGCUUCCAAGUCACCCUUUUUAUGUGGGGGUGCAAUUCCAUCCCGAGUUCAAAUCAAGACCUGGACGGCCUUCUGCUUUGUUUCUAGGUCUUAUAUUGGCAGCAAGUGGACAGUUGCAAGCGUACGUUGACAAGCAGCAAAAUGGAAACUAGGACAGAAGUUGGCUUUUUUUUCAGUCAUCAUAUCAUACUUUUUCAUGUUUCAAACUCAUACGUUCUGGCUUUAGGAAAUAUCAUUAGUGCACUACAGACAACACUAAAGGCACCCAUGAAACGGGUGGAUCCAGAAAGUGGAAUUCUGAACUUUGGUAAUGUGAAGCUACUCAAGAAGGUUGUGUAAUCCUUUGCCGUGCUGCGUUAUUUUCUCCCUGCUUUAAGUUCAAAGCUUAUUUUCGUGUUUUCUUAUCUUGUGUUGAACAAAACCAAUUAAGCUUUUCUUGAUCUAGUUAUUUGAGACGAAACGGUUUAGGAAACAAAAACAAGUCACUGCUAGAAGAUGUUCACUAACUCUGAAAUGACUGAUAUCUGCUUAAAGUAAAUUAUAGUUCUCAACUUUCUCUAUC